GGUAUUGUAAUUUCAUAACCUGAAAUUCCAGAAUAUCCUAACAUAAGGGGGUGUUUGGCUUAUUAAAGAAAGAAGAAGAAGAAGAAGCAUUAUCAGCGGGAAGAGGAAGGAUUUUUUUAUUCUUCUUGUAUCUACUUUUAUUUGUUAAAAGGGAUUCCUAUAAAAGCAAAGAAUGAAGCUGAAACAACUAGAAACCCUCUUAGGCGAUCUUCAACAAUUCACUACCCCAAAGGUGGAGCUGGAACAGUACCCAACUGGACCUCAUAUCGCUUCUCGCUUGCUUUACACUGCUGAGAAUUCAUUUGAUGAUAUUAGCAACAAAGUGGUCGCAGAUUUUGGUUGUGGAUGUGGCACUCUAGGUGCUGCUGCUGCUCUCUUGGGCGCUGAGCAGGUUAUUGGCAUUGAUAUUGAUCCUCAAUCUCUUGAAAUAGCUUCAAUGAAUGCAGAAGAUCUUGAGUUGGACAUAGAUUUUGUUCAAUGUGACAUCAGUAACCUAGGAUGGAGAGGUCAAAUUGUUGAUACUGUUGUGAUGAAUCCUCCAUUUGGAACUCGAAAGAAGGGUAUUGACAUGGAUUUUCUAUUUGUGGCAUUGAAGGUAGCUUCUCAAGCUGUUUAUUCCUUGCAUAAGACCUCAACAAGAGAUUAUAUCAAAAGGACCGCCUUGAGGGACUUAAAUGCUAGCAGCGCUGAGGUCUUGUGUGAGCUCCGUUUUGAUGUUCCUCAACUAUACAAGUUUCACAAGAAAAAGGAGGUAGAUAUUGCUGUAGAUCUAUGGCGAUUUGUACCUAAAAGGAGUCAGGUAAAGGACAAUUAGCUGCCGAAGUGCACUUCGAGACCAUGCAUGAAGCACAUAUCACGUGGUUAAACAUUCGUAAAGAACGAUCCUCUUUCGACUGCCAUCUAGGUUGGGGUCACCGGUGUGGUUGAUUAGGGUGAAACAGAUUCAAAGAUGCAACUUAGAUUAUAGUUGAUGAUAACGCCCUACGACCCUUGUUUAUUUUUUGUUAGUAUGAAAAGCAUGAUCAAAUCUCUAUGUAUCAGAUGCUUUGAUAACCUGGGAAGUUUUAGAUACUUUGUUCUCGCA